AUGCCUUUAAGUGCUGGGCGACAGGUGUCUCUGCGGGAAAAGAAAUUUACUGCGGCAAGUAUGGCAGAUGUUAUUGAUAAUUGGUCACAGAUUGAGUCCAAGCAGAUGGAGCGAGUUCGAUUCGAUGUAUCCAAGGACGAAUGUAUGUCGCUGGGAAGUAGGGUGAAGGAAAAAAUGCAGGAGCCCUUGGCGUGGAAGGACCUCGAUUACGACGUCCUAACGGGACUUGAGGUUGUUAGGACCAGCGAAUUAUCUUCCAUGGAGACACCUUUGCUUAGCGACCUUUCCUCCUCCUUUUCAUCCUCCUCCUCCUCCUACUCCUCCUCCUCCUCUUCCGUUUCACCCUCCUCCUCACUUUUUUUUCAUCCCCCCUCCUCCUCCUCCUCCUCCUCCUCUGGUGCUGCAUCUUUUUUUUCUUCUUCUUCUUCCUCCUCCUCCUCCUUUUCCUCUUCCUCCUCUUCUUCCUCUUCCUCCUCCUCCUCUCCCUCCUCUUCUUCCUCUUCCUUCACCUCCUCCUCCUCCACCUCCUCCUCUUCCUCCUCCUCCUCUUCCUCCUCUUUUUCUUCCUCCUCUUUUUCUUCCUCCUCCUCUUCCUUUUCUUCCCCCUCUUCCUCUUCCUCCUCUUCCUUCUCCUCCUCUUCCUGUUCUUCCUCCUCUUCCUCCUCUUCUUCCUGUUCUUCCUCCUCUUCCUCUUCCUCCUCCUCUUCCUGUUCUUCCUUCUCUUCCUCUUCCUCCUCCUCCUCCUCUUCUUCUUCCUCUUCCUUCUCUCCCUCUUCCUCCUUCUCCUCCUCCUCCCUUUUCCCCCCUUCCUCUUCUCUUUCUUCUUCUUCUUCUCCCUCUUCCUCCUCCUCCUCCUCUGCCACCUCCUCCUCCUCCUCCUCCUCCUCCUCCUCCUCCUCCUCCUCUUCCUCUUCCUCUUCCUCUUCUUCCUCGUCCUCGUCCUCGUCCUCGUCCUCGUCCUCGUCCUCGUCCUCCUCCUCCUCCUCCUCCUCUGUGUAUGUGUAUGAGAUUGUAUAUUUGUGUGUCUGUCCGUCUGUACGUGCUUAUCGAUAG